CUGUCCUGAGUUUAGAACCCUUUACAGUUGCAGAGGUGUUAACACUGUUGGUCAUCCUCUGCUCAUCGUCAACCAAUCAUGCGGUCUGCUCUGAUCCUUCUGCUGUGCGUCCUGGGAGCAGCCCUGUGGUCCGGCGCGUUGGCCAACAAUGCAAAUCUUCCUGAAGAAUGCUGUUUCAAGUAUUACAACAGAAAAAUCCCCAGACAACUCAUCAGGGAAUAUGAAAUGACAAGAUCUGACUGCUCUAAGAGGGGAGUCAUCUUGUUCACAAAAAAGAACUUCCGCUUCUGUGCCAAUCCAGAAGACCCUACGGUUGAGAAGAUCAUGAAGUCCAUCGACGAGAGUAAAUUCUAGGAACCACUUCCCAGGAAGAAGGCUAAAGUCUAAACAGUCAACUCCUGCUCCUAGUUCCUUUUCAGCUCUGCGUAAAAUAAUUGUUUUGUUUUUUACAUGUAGUGACAAAGUGUCAAUUGAUAUGCUAGCAAUCAUGGUGAUAAUUUAGUAAAUGUGUAACACGUGUAUCAGAUAUAAUGAUCAUGUUAUGAACAUGAAAUGCAUUUUAUCACUCAACCAAAGGGUUUACUGAUAAAAAGGACUCAUUUCAGUCAGAAAGGAGUUGGAGCACUUCACAAAAAAAGGCCGAGAGGAAUUUCUUACUUGGAUGAGUACAGGUGACUGACGUUUUCCUCAGAGUUACCUGACAAUUUCACUUAACUCCUAUUUAUAGCAUACCAUGAAAAUACAAAUCAGGUCAAUGGAAAAUAGUGGCACUAAGUAAUAACAGUAAUAAUAAAACAAAUAUGGUGUCUUGUUGUUGACCAAUGUGUCAUAUAAAAAUCAAUGAUCUACCUUGGGGGUAUUUGAGUGUCGGUGGAAAGAGUGGCACAAGAGACCCCAAAAAUCAAGGCAACUACAUUCAGAAAAACCCAUUUUUUUUUUACACUGUUGUCUCUCAAUAGGUAACUAGGCUAUAAAUAGGUAAUAGUUAAGUGCAAUGGUCAGGUCACUCUGAGUAAGAGGUCAGCUUGACGUCAGUCACCUUUACUCAUCCUGAACAACAGAUUAAAGUGAGCAAAUAAUAAAUUAAUCUCUGCCUCUUUUUUUUUUUUUGAGUUUUCCAAAUGUUUUCUGCCUCAAAUGAGUCCUUUUGGAACUUUUUCUUGGUAAGCCUUUUAAAAAAAAUGUUAUUCAUCAUUGUCAAUCUUCCCUUCUCCCUUUGUGUUUGCUAUAGCGCAGAAGCCUUCCUGAUCUCUUAUCUAUACUUCUCCCUUUGUGUUGUGCUGUAGCGCAGAAGCCUUCCUGAUCUCUUAUCAAUACUUCUCCCUUUGUGUUGUGCUGUAGCGCUGAAGCCUUCCUGAUCUCUCAUCUAUACUUCUCCCUUUGUGUUGUGCUGUAGCGCAGAAGCCUUCCUGAUCUCUCAUCUAUACUUCUCCCUUUGUGUUGUGCUGUAGCGCUGAAGCCUUCCUGAUCUCUCAUCUAUACUUCUCCCUUUGUGUUGUGCUGUAGCGCUGAAGCCUUCCUGAUCUCUUAUCAAUACUUCUCCCUUUGUGUUUGCUGUAGCGCAGAAGCCUUCCUGAUCUCUUAUCUUCCCUUCUCCCUUUGUGUUUGCUGUAGCGCAGAAGCCUUCCUUAUCUCUUAUCAAUACUUCUCCCUUUGUGUUGUGCUGUAGCGCAGAAGCCUUCCUGAUCUCUUAUCUAUACUUCUCCCUUUGUGUUGUGCUGUAGCGCAGAAGCCUUCCUGAUCUCUUAUCAAUACUUCUCCCUUUGUGUUGUGCUGUAGCGCAGAAGCCUUCCUGAUCUCUUAUCUAUACUUCUCCCUUUGUGUUGUGCUGUAGCGCAGAAGCCUUCCUGAUCUCUUAUCAAUACUUCUCCCUUUGUGUUGUGCUGUAGCGCAGAAGCCUUCCUGAUCUCUUAUCUUCCCUUCUCCCUUUGUGUUUGCUGUAGCGCAGAAGCCUUCCUUAUCUCUUAUCAAUACUUCUCCCUUUGUGUUGUGCUGUAGCGCAGAAGCCUUCCUGAUCUCUUAUCAAUACUUCUCCCUUUGUGUUGUGCUGUAGCGCAGAAGCCUUCCUGAUCUCUUAUCAAUACUUCUCCCUUUGUGUUGUGCUGUAGCGCAGAAGCCUUCCUGAUCUCUUUUCUUCCCUUCUCCCUUUGUGUUUGCUGUAGCGCAGAAGCCUUCCUGAUCUCUUAUCAAUACUUCUCCCUUUGUGUUGUGCUGUAGCGCUGAAGCCUUCCUGAUCUCUUAUCUUCCCUUCUCCCUUUGUGUUUGCUGUAGCGCAGAAGCCUUCCUGAUCUCUUAUCAAUACUUCUCCCUUUGUGUUGUGCUGUAGCGCUGAAGCCUUCCUGAUCUCUUAUCAAUACUUCUCCCUUUGUGUUUGCUGUAGCGCAGAAGCCUUCCUGAUCUCUUAUCAAUACUUCUCCCUUUGUGUUGUGCUGUAGCGCUGAAGCCUUCCUGAUCUCUUAUCAAUACUUCAUCCCUUGUUUAGAAGCUGUAAUACGGCAUGUACUGGCUGUUUUUGUCUGGAACAAUAAAAUAAUAGCACUUUUA